AUGCCUCAUCUAAUGGAGCUUAAAGAUGCUGGUAAAUUUACCUUGUGUGACGCUCCAUCUGACCAGCAGCACAAUGUGUCCAAUCUACAGUCAGAUCCAGAGAAGUCAGUGUGUUCUGUAUCAGCUGAUGAUGAAAAGCUCUUGCACAAGUACAACGCUGCCAAAAACUGCCUCUCUUUAUGCACUGGAUUUGUAUCUACGUCUUGUCAGCCCUGUGAGGAUGGCUGGACAGCACAUCGUGGAAAGUGUUAUUUCUUCUCCUCUAAAAAGCAGACAUGGUUUGAGAGCCGUGAUUUAUGUGUAGCAUCAAAAGCUCGUCUCGUCUCCAUAAACAACAAAGAAAUACAGGAUUUCCUGGUCUCUAAAAUUAAAGAGACACACUGGAUUGGUCUCAAUGAUCUUGAAACGGAGGGACACUGGGUUUGGAUGAAUAGCCAAACUCUCAGUGAAACUGGAGUACAGUUUUGGCACAUGAGGGUAUCUUGGCCGAGUGAACCGGAUAACUGGAAAGAAGACGAUCCUUCUGGAGAAAACUGUGCUAGUCUGGGAUAUUGGGAGGGUUUUUUGAAUGAAUGGUUUGAUAAUUCUUGCAAAAUGCAGAAAACGUUCAUCUAUCAGAAGACCCUCAAGAAAGAAGUGACUGUGCAUAAAUGGAUGAAAGUUCUUCUGAUAGUUCUCAGUGUCUGUCUGGUCUUUGCUUUCGGAGGCGUUUGUACUCUGGCGAUACUUCUUACACGUGCUACACACUUCAAUGUGUCUGUGUCUGAUCAGGACCACAAUGCCACAGAUCAGAAGACCCUCAAGAAAGAAGUGACUGUGCAUAAAUGGACUAAAGUUCUUCUGAUAGUUCUCAGUGUCUGUCUGGUCUUUGCUUUCGGAGGCGUUUGUACUCUGGCGAUACUUCUUACACGUGCUACACACUUCAAUGUGUCUGUGUCUGAUCAGGACCACAAUGCCACAGAUUACAAAGCACAGUUUGAUGCGCUCCAUAACCAGCAUGAGGAGACACUCGGAAAGCUGAACAGAUUAAAUUACAGCACAGGUUGCGCACUUUGUGCCGACCACUGGAUUCAUUCUGGAGGAAAGUGUUACUACUUCUCUACGGUUAAGAUGAACUGGACACAGAGUCGAGAUCACUGUGUGACUCUAGGAGGACAUCUAGUGAUCAUAAACAGCAAAGCAGAGCAGGAUUUUGUUACUUCUAACAUUAAAAAAACCCACUGGAUUGGUCUUAAUGAUUUGGACACCGAGGGUCACUGGGUUUGGGUGAACAACCAGCCAGUCAAUGAUUCAGCAGGAUUCUGGAUUAAGCGAGAGAAUGGGAUCAGAGAGCCUGAUAACUGGACUAAAGGCCAUCCGGACGGUGAGGACUGCGCUGGUCUGGGACAUCCAGGCGGAGAGACGGAUUUCUGGUCGGAUGCUUUCUGUUUUCUAGAGAAAAGAUUUGUGUGUGAAGCUCCUGCAGCAGUUUAAUUCAUCACUCCCAAAUAGAUUUUUCUUACAAAAAAAAAAAAAAAA